AGAGCAAAACCCCUAAACUAACGCGAAAAUUAAUCCAAACAAAGCCUCUCUUCUGAAUUGAAGAAACGUAAAGAUGGUGUUUGGGCAAGUGGUGAUAGGUCCACCUGGAUCUGGAAAAACAACAUACUGUAAUGGCAUGUCUCAGUUUCUUGGACUUAUCGGAAGGAAGGUUGCAGUCAUCAAUUUGGAUCCUGCAAAUGAUGCGUUGCCAUAUGACUGUGCUGUUAAUAUUGAAGAUUUAAUUAAAUUAAGUGAUGUAAUGAUGGAGCAUUCUCUUGGUCCAAAUGGAGGGCUCGUGUAUUGCAUGGAUUACUUAGAGAAGAAUAUCGAUUGGUUGGAAUCUAAAUUGCAACCGCUGUUGAAAGAUCACUACCUACUUUUUGAUUUUCCUGGCCAGGUGGAAUUAUUUUUUCUUCAUUCAAAUGCCAAGAAUGUUAUAAUGAAACUCAUUCAGAAGUUGAACCUUAGGCUGACUGCUGUGCAUUUAGUUGAUGCCCAUCUCUGCAGUGAUCCUGGGAAAUAUGUUAGUGCAUUGCUCCUCUCAUUAUCAACUAUGCUUCAUCUGGAACUCCCACACAUCAACGUCUUAUCCAAGAUCGAUCUAAUUGAGAGCUAUGGAAAAUUAGCUUUUAACCUUGAUUUCUAUACAGACGUGCAAGACUUGUCAUACUUGCAGCACCAGCUUGCACAGGAUCCUCGGUCUGCUAAAUACAGAAAGCUCACAAAGGAGCUUUGUGAGGUGAUAGAGGAUUACAGUCUCGUUGAUUUUGCAACCUUAGAUAUCCAGGAUAAAGAGAGUGUAGGAAAUCUUGUGAAAUUGAUUGACAAGAGCAACGGGUACAUUUUUUCUGGCAUAGAUGCCAGUGCAGUUGAAUUCAGCAAGAUAGCUGUUCGUCCGGUUGAUUGGGAUUAUUACAGAGUUGCAGCAGUGCAGGAGAAGUACAUGAAAGAUGAUGAAAAUGUUGAUUGACAACUCAAACCGCAUAAGAUUUACAUGUAGAAGAUACAGAGAACACCCAUUAAUGGGGUUGGCUCUUCUUCCCUCAGCCUGCCUUCUUGAGAGAUAUACUAUAUAUGAAGUGAGAGCAGGGAACUCAUCUUUCUGUUGAUUUGUAAAGUGAAACAAUUGGAGAAUUCUGAUUUUGUCAAGAAGGUUUAUGUAUUCCUUUUUGCCUAAAGAUUAUUUUAGGUGCUAACUUGCUAGUGUUCAUCUUGUGAUGAGGUUUUGGUGAUAGAACUAAAAACUCGACACCCAUGAUUCGAUCUAGUGCACGUGAAUUUGGUUAUAUGUGUAAGAUCUAAUAGUAUUUUCUCGCUUCACCUUUCCGGAGAUGGCACGCAUGACUUGGAAGCACACUUUUAGCUCAACAUAUAUUAAGACUCCUGGGGCACCAAUGUUGUUUUACAAAUGCCCAAAGAUGACUGCAGUCUGAUUUUACUUGAAUCGCUAGAGAUUGUGAUUUUGAUUGCAGUAACAUUUAUGUGAAAGUAGUCUCGUCGAUAUUUCCCAAGCGUGCAUUAUUGCAUCAUGUAAGCAAGGUCAGUUGUGGUGGCGUGUAACUGAGAAUCUGUCUUCUUCAACUUGGAUGUAAGAAAUUUCUAAGUCUAGAACAUAGAAAUUUUGAGUGGGCAUGUGACAAAUUUGGCAAGCAAAAUCAUAGCAAUUUGACAUGGAUAUAUAUACUGUUUGUUUACUGUGAAAAUUUCUUGUCAAAGUCUUGAUUCAAUGGUUAUGGUUUGGUUGCGUCA